UGUCGGAGGCGCGGGCGCGCCAGUCGGCGUGUACGUGUCGCGCGGGAGGGAAGUCAGUUCGCGGCAGUCCCGAGCCGCACGCCGCAUGGCCGCCCCACGUGGUCGCUACAGUUGUUGCGUCAGCGCGUCCUCUGCGUAACCGGCCAGCCCCCCAGCCGGACAUCAUCCCUGCCCACAAUCAUGACGUUGCAGCGAGUAGUUUGACACCUAAAUCUUUGUGUGCAAACCGAGUAGUGUUACUGCCGGAAGUAGAUCCUCCAUAGAGGGACAGGAAUUUAUCUGUGAGAUCCUUAACGAAGCGGGGCGUUAUGUCAAAGCAAGAGGCAGGAUCGAUCAUGGAAUCGGCCAUCGUGAACGAAAAGACUCCACUGCGUGUUAUGGACAGAGACGCGUUGACAGGCAACGGCCCCGGUGGCGACGACGUCGACGCCGCGGCCGCGAGUGGCAGCACGCCGUCCAUCAAGCUCAAGAAGGAGCUGGGGCUGCUCGAUGGCGUCGCGAUGAUCGUAGGCGUCAUCAUCGGCUCCGGCAUCUUCGUGUCGCCCAAAGGCGUGCUGCAGUAUGCUGGUUCCGUGGGGCUCGGCCUCAUCGUGUGGGUGCUGUCGGGCAUGCUCUCCAUGAUCGGAGCCCUGUGCUACGCCGAACUCGGGACGAUGAUCCCCAAGUCCGGGGGCGACUAUGCGUACAUCAGCGAGGCGUUCGGGGCGCUGCCCGCCUUCCUGUACCUGUGGGUGGCGCUGUUCGUGAUCGUGCCCACGGGCAACGCCAUCACGGCGCUCACGUUCGCCCAGUACAUCCUGCAGCCCGCGUGGCCCACCUGCGAGCCGCCCUACGCCGCCGUCCGACUCGUCGCCGCCCUCGUCACCAGUUUGCUGACUGUCAUAAACUGCUACAAUGUGAAAUGGGCAACAAGAGUUCAAGAUAUCUUUACAGGCACCAAGAUCCUUGCUCUAGUCAUCAUAAUACUUGCUGGAUUGUGGAUGCUGGCCACUGGUCAUACUGAAAAUAUUAGCAAUCCAAUGGUUGACACCAAUCUUGAGCCUGGAUACAUUGCACUUUCCUUUUACUCGGGCUUAUUCUCAUAUUCUGGAUGGAACUACUUGAAUUUUGUAACAGAAGAACUGAAGGAGCCUUACAAGAACCUUCCCAGAGCAAUAGCAAUUUCCAUGCCACUAGUGACAACAAUAUAUGUUUUGGCAAAUAUUGCAUAUUUUGUAGUCCUGUCAAAGGAUGAACUACUGUCAUCAACAGCAGUAGCUGUGACAUUUGGUGACAAACUGCUUGGUGUGAUGUCCUGGACUAUGCCCUUCUUUGUGGCUUGUUCAACAUUUGGAGCACUUAAUGGGGCAAUAUUUGCAUCAGCUCGAUUAUUCUUUGUUGGAGCUCGCCAAGGUCAUCUUCCUAAAGCAAUAGCUCUGAUUCAUAUCGAUCAGUUUACUCCUGUGCCAUCACUGGUCUUUCUGUGUAUCAUCACACUUGUUCUACUUAUCAUUGAAGAUAUUUAUUCACUGAUAAAUUAUUUGAGCUUUGUGGAGGCACUGUUUACCACAUUGUCAGUAACAGGGUUGCUUUGGUUGAGAUACAAGUGGCCAGAUGCAGAAAGACCCAUCAAGGUCCAGAUAAUUUUCCCAAUAAUUUUCUUUGUUAUAUGUUUGUUCCUGGUCACAGUCCCAUGUUAUGUUAAACCAUGGGAAGUGAGCAUUGGCCUCUCAUUCAUAGUGUCUGGAAUUCCAAUGUAUCUUAUCUUCAUCUACUGGAAGAACAAGCCUAUCUGGCUAGCAAAGGCGUCAGGGUCAUUUAAUCUCCUAUGUGCCAAAAUGUUCAAGUGUGUAAUGGAAGAUGGAAAAUAUGAGUGAGUGACUAGUAACUGCAGAAUAUUUAGUGAACAUGUUCAACACAGCUUACAAAAUCUGUGUUGGUUUCCUGCAGAGAAAAAUAUUACCACCUGUGGUAUGUAAAAUGGCAGGUUGUGACAUUACACUGUGAUGUGUCUUCCUUGAUAGAUACAUUUCUGAAAAUAAUAUGCACAAUUCCUAUUUUUAUAAACUGUUAGUGCAUUUUGUGAUUUUUCUCCCAAGAAUGUUCCUUGGAUAAACUCAGAACAAGAAGCAAAGAGACUAUUAAUAAAUCAGUGCCUUAUAUUUGUGUGUGUAAAAUAUACAUUCCAUGUGUGUUACUCUUUUGUUUUUCUGUGUAAGUGAAGUAAAUGUUAUUGUGAAAGUGCAAAAAAAUGUGAAUGUGAUGAAUUGAGAUAUUUUGUAGCUAUGUGUCUGUGACAGUGCACACAAAUUGUGGGUUUGUGCAGUUUGUAAAAUAAAUUUCUUUUUAAAUUUUG